UUCGUCGUUACCUAUGAUAGAUUUAACGAUACAAUACAAUAAAAUUUAAGCAACAAUCAAUACAAACAUUAUAUUUAAACUAACAUCACAACAAUAUUAUAGAAUACGUAACAACCAUUUAAUCGAAUUGUUUGUUUGAGAGAGAACACCAUAUAUACACCCACAAGAUAUGGAUAGCCGGCCGUGGAUUAAGUUAAUCUGUUUUAACUCAACAAGAAAUCCAAUCUAAUUUUUCACAUCGAGAGACAUUCAAGUCUAUCUUAUAGUUUACGUCAACGAUCUAAUUAUUUCACUAUAUAACUAAAUUGAAACUCAAAUCCAAAUUGGUUUUUUGAGAGAAGAUACGAAGAAAGAGAAGAAUGGAUCUGGUAGACAAGGCGAAGAAUUAUGUAUCGGAGAAGGUGGCAGAAAAAGUGGAAAACAUGGAGAAGCCCGAAGCAACAAUUGUGGAUGUGGAUGUGAAAAAGAUUAGUUUUGACAGCAUUUCAUAUCAUGCUAAGGUCUCUGUUAGCAAUCCUUACCAUGUUCCAAUUCCUAUCAUGGAGAUUGCUUACGUUGUCAAAAGUGCUGGCAGGAUAGUUGCUACAGGUCUAAUUCCAGACCCAGGGUCACUGAAGGCCAAGAGCACAACAAUGGUAGACGUGCCAGCGAAGGUUCCCCACAGUGCAAUAUUGAGUUUAGUGAGGGACAUAGCCGCGGAUUGGGACAUUGAUUAUACACUUGAAUUGGGUUUCAUUAUUGACCUUCCCGUCUUUGGCAAUCUCACCAUUCCCCUCACUUAUAGUGGCGUGUAUAAGCUUCCUACAUUGUCUGACUUAUGGAGAGGUGACGAAGAAGAAGAAGAAGAAGAAGAGAAAGAAAAGAAAGCCGAGAAAGUGAUCAAGAUAGAAGAAAAAGAUGGGAAAGAAAAGAAAGAAGAGAAAGAGAAGAAGUAACAAGCUUCAUUUGUAUUAUGGUAUGAGUUUAACUUAUAUACACAGAUAAAGAAAAUUUUUUUACACUAUGAAGUGGCCAAAACGAAAUUUAUAAUCUUGAAAAACUUGUACAAAUAACUUUCUUUGUAUAAGUUGAUCUCAUGAAAGAAAAAGCAGUAGUAGUAGCA